AUGUCAGACAAAAGUGAUUUAAAAGCAGAACUUGAGCGCAAAAAGCAGCGUUUGGCUCAGAUAAGAGAAGAAAAGAAACGGAAGGAGGAAGAAAGGAAGAAGAAAGAGGCUGAUCUACAGCAAAAGAAGGAGCCAGCUCAGGAAGAUUCUGACCUAGACCGCAAAAGAAGAGAGACAGAAGCUUUGUUACAGAGUAUUGGUAUAUCCCCAGAACCACCUCUAGUCCCAACCCCUAUGUCUCCCUCUUCGAAAUCAGUGAGCACACCCAGUGACGCAGGCAGCCAGGACUCGGGAGAUCUGGGACCCAUAGGGAGGAGAUUUAAGAGACCUCAGUCUUGUUAUGCAAUGAUACCUAGAAAUAUAGAGAGCGUCACAGGUUUGGUUUCUGUCCUGACCCUCCUGGAAUCUUUUGACCAAGUGUUUGAGCGGAGGAUGUACAGAAUACACUCAGAAAGGGACAAAGUGGGUCCAAGGCAUGAGUGGAGAAAGAAAUUUCGGAGUAGAGAGGAGGCGGGGCUGGGUGGGAAAGGCAGAGAUGCACGAGUAGCUGCAUCAGUGUGUGUGCUCCUGGAGAAGCGUCUGGCCUGCAUCCAGGACAGCCGUGGAGUCUGGUGCAACUGUGAGGUGGAUUCACAGCUUCUCUGCAAUCUAAGCAGCAACCUGAUCGUUCGAGUUAUCUUGAAACUGCUGCUGACCAACAAAGACCAUUUGAGUAUG